CGGGACAGCUGCACAAGUGAGUGCAAGUCCUUCAAUCAUGGCACUGGCUGGGGUAAGAGUGAUUGAGCUGGCGGGUCUGGCCCCGGCACCGUUCUGCGGGAUGAUCCUGGCCGACUUUGGAGCCAAGGUGAUCCGUGUGGACCGUACCAAGGCUGCCAGUAUGGAUGUGCAAGGACGAGGGAAGCUGUCGGUGGCCAUCAACCUGAAGACGACCGAGGGCGUGGCCUUGCUCAGGAAGCUGUGUGUUCAGUCUGACGUGGUGCUUGAACCCUAUCGAAAAGGUGUUAUGGAGAAACUCGGUCUUGGUCCACACGAGCUGUUAAAGGAUAAUCCUCGUCUGAUCUACGCUAGGCUGACAGGCUACGGCCAGAGUGGGUGUUAUGCCACUGCAGCUGGGCACGACAUCAACUAUCUCGCCAUGUCAGGUCUUUUAUCCCGUCUGGGUCGCAGCGGAGAGAAGCCCUACGCUCCACUGAAUCUUGUAGCAGAUUUUGCCGGUGGCGGUCUGACCUGUGCUCUGGGGAUCGUCUUGGCGCUGCUAGAGCAGACAAAAUCUGGGAAAGGACAGAUCAUUGAUGCCAGCAUGGUGGAGGGAGCAGCGUAUACUGGGUCGUUUAUAUGGAAAUCUCGUAAAAUUGGUUUGUGGGACCGUGCUAGAGGAGAGAACAUGUUGGACACCGGAGCACCCUUCUACGAUACCUACAAGACUUCGGAUGGAAAGUACAUGGCUGUGGGUGCAAUAGAACCACAGUUCUACGAGCAGCUACUAAAGGGGUUGGAGUUGGACACUAGAGCGAUGCCUCCUCAGCUGAGCCUCAGCGAUUGGCCAGAGCUGAGACGGAUCCUCACUGAGCGUUUUGCCUCGAAGACCCAGGCGGACUGGACGAGGAUCUUUGAUGGGACAGAUGCUUGUGUUACACCCGUGCUGUCCUUUGACCAUGUCAGCUCACACCCUCACAACCAAGAAAGAGGCUCUUUCAUUAAGGAACCCAGCGGGGAAGAGUGUCCGCGGCCUGCCCCGGUUCUGUCUCGGACUCCUGCCGAGCCGUGCCUCAAAUCCGACCCUGUUGUCGGGGAACACACGGUGGAGGUCCUGGAGGAAUACGGCUUUGCUUCAGCGGAGAUAAAAAAGAUGUUAGCAGCUGGGAUCGUAGGGACUAAUGCUGAGACGUCGAAGCUGUAAGAAGAUGAAAUUGGAAGAUGUUCAUAAAUGUCUCAUGGAUCAACUUUACAACCCUAUCGUCAAUUUGGUAGGACAAAAAAAAAAAAAAAGGCCAAGCGCAAUGUUGCAGCUGACUAUGAUUUACCCUUAAAUCAAGUCUAGCAAAUAUAACGAUCUAAAUAAAAAUGACAUAAUUUUUGGGGCGAAAUAAAAUGAAGAAAUGUGAGAUACUUCUCCAUCCCACGCGUGCAAUGACUUUUUAAAGAACAAAAGAACUUGCACAGACACACACCUAACGCAGGUGAGUCUCAGUUCGGCAGGGUUAAAGACCAAGCUCUGGGGUACACUGAUGCGCUUGCAGUACUAGUUUGAGUACUGCCUCUGUUGCUUUCUGGGUUAUCCAGUUUUAAAGAAUCUUACGAAGCACACUAAGACUCUUUGUACUAGAUUAUUCAGCUCAAGUUAAAACCAUGUCAGAAAAGCCUGAAAAAUCACCAAGCUGCACCGUAGUAGGUAAAUAAACCCCUUUUGUUGAUUUGCUCUUCCAUCAAAGCAUCAACAUUUGUCACCGUAUUGCCUAUUGUUUGCAGGAUUUCACUCCAUUGUGAUCACCUAAAGAUCUCUUUCAGUUUCAUUGUCCUCUGGAAACCCAUUCAGAGACAUCUGAUGUUGCAGAUGUAAACUUCUGUAACACAGACCAUCGA